GCGGGGCGCGACGCGACGCCUCCUCCGGCCGAUGGCGACUCGCUGAGGGAGGAGGAGAAAGCCGAGCGCGGGCGGCGUCGCGGCCGGGGAGUCUCUUCCGAGGCGGCGUCGCGACCUCUCCAGCCUUCCGCUCGGGCGCGCGCGCCAGGGAGUCGUUCUCGGAGGCCCCCGACGGCGGGUCGCCCUCGAUGGCCGACGGCGGGAAAGGCGGAUACAGCGAACAUGACGAUCGCGUGGGCGGCGGAGGCGGCAGCAGGGGCUUCUCCGGGAGGAGGAGAAAAGGCCGUGGCCCCUUCCGAGGGAAGAUGUACAGCGAGGUGAACCACCACCAACGGAACUGGAACAGCGCUGGCCCCAGUCCUCGUAGCCGGCUUGAUGACGACGACGGGGACGUUCUCAUGAGUGACGCUCACGAAGCGCUCCGAACUCGCUAUACUCCUUACGGGCCCCGUCCACACCGGCCAGAGCGAGGGGGCCUGAGCACUAUGGGUGCCACAGUGAGACGGAAUCUGAAUAUCGGAGAACGUGCUGUUCACAAGACUCUGCUAUCCAGGAAGACUUGGUUCAGGAUUACGAUUCCCUACGGAAGAAAAUACGAAAAGAGCUGGCUGAUUAAUUCCAUACAAGAACUCUGCAGCGUUCCCUUCAGUCCUGUGGAGUUCCACAGUGUGAAUAACCGGGUCGUGUUCUACGUAGAGGACGCUUCUGUGGCCAACGCCCUUAGGCAGGUGUCCCGGAAAAUUACUGCUCCGGAUAACUACAAGGUGGCGAUCCUCAUAAACACCUGCAAUCCACCUCCAAGUGUCCAGCACGAGCUGAAACCAGAAGAGAUUGAGCAGCUGAAGCAAUGUAUGAGUAAAAGAUAUGACGGCUCCCAGCAAGCUUUGGAUCUGAAAAAUAUUCACACAGAUCCUGAUCUGAUAGCCCAAAAUAUCGACAUAGUGUUGAGCCGCCGAAGCUGCAUGUUAGCUGUGCUGCAGAUCAUCCAGGAGAACAUCCCCGAGCUCCUUUCCCUUGAUUUGAGUGACAACAAGCUCUAUCGGCUUGAAGACAUGAUAGAGCUGCAGCAGAAAGCUCCCCACCUGAAGAUCCUCAAUUUGUCUUGUAACCAGCUGAAGACGGAAUACGAGCUGGACAAGGUGAAAGGCCUGAAGCUGGACGAACUCUGGCUGGACAGCAACCCCCUGUGUGACAACUUCCGGGACCAGUCCUCUUACAUCAGCGCCGUCCGAGAACGGUUCCCCAAGCUGCUGAGGCUGGAUGGCCACGAGCUCCCCCCACCGAUCUCCUUUGAUGUUGAAGCUCCUACCGCUUUGCCUCCUUGCAAGGGCAGUUAUUUUGCCUCCGAAGGCUUGAAAAUGCUGAUCGUACAGUUUUUACAACAAUAUUAUGCCAUAUAUGACUCUGGGGACCGGCAAGGCCUGCUGGAUGCAUAUCACGAGGGAGCCUGCUGUUCCAUGAGCAUCCCGUUUUCUGUGAACCACCCUUACAGGAACAGUUUAGCUGAAUACUUCAAAAACAGCAGGAAUGUGAAGCGACUGAAGGAUCCUACCAUGCGCUUCAGACUUCUCAAGCACACCAAGCUGAACGUCGUAGCUUUCCUUAGCGAACUGCCCAAGACUCAGCACGACGUGAAUUCCUUUGUGGUGGACGUCUGUGCGCAAACGAAUUCGCUGUUAUGUUUUACGCUCAACGGAAUCUUUAAGGAAGUGGACAACCGGUGUCGGGACGUGGUGCGGGCCUUCACCCGUGUGUUCAUUGCUGUUCCUGUGGGCCACAGCGGGCUGAGCAUCGUGAACGACCAGCUGUUCAUCCGGAAGGCCAGCAACACAGAAAUCCGCAAAGCGUUCGUCAUGCCGGCGCCCACGCCCUCUUCCAGCCCCGUGCCCACCCUGACAGCCGAGCAGCAGGAGAUGUUGCAGAACUUUUCCCUGCAGUCGGGCAUGAACCUUGAGUGGUCUCAGAAGUGCCUCUUGGACAACGAUUGGAACUACGCAAAAGCAGCUCACGCCUACACCCAGCUCAAGGCUGAGCAGAAGAUCCCAGAAGUGGCGUUCAUCCACUGAGCAACGGCUGCCUGGCCCUGACCAAAACGAAUCAAGCUACCUUUUUAUCGUUGAAAUACCUGUUUUGUAAAUAAAAGUUUCACCACGUAAAUUAAGACUCCUGCCCUGUUGCGAUCAGGAACGCCAUGGCUGUACCUUUCGCCAUCCGGGCAGAGGUCGAAGCAGCGGUGGGCGCCGUAGAAGACGCGGCCCGUUCCCCGCGACGUCGGUAGUCGGAGAUGCAAAGAUAGUCUGGUGGCUUGGAGGACAAAGGCGAAGAUUCGGAGGCCGGAGAGAGAGAGAGACACGUCCCUGCUUCCUUUCCGCUGCCCCUUUUCAUUUGGAGACUUUUUUCUUUUUGCAUAUUCUUCCCCGGUGUGUUGUCUUUUUCCAGUGGCAGCUGUCUCGGGAGUUGUGUUUCGCACACACUGAGGGGGGGCCAGCAGUCCCAAACACACCUUGUGGAGUUUGUGGCUGUUGUGAGAACUCUAAACUUUCAAGCUGAGGAAAGGGAACCCCCCCCCCCCGACGCUUGGCCGCACCGUGUUUCUUUUCAGCCGCGGGCACAGCUGUCUGAGUUUCCUCCUCCUAGGUGGGUCUCUAAAAUGUCGCCCCGACAGAGCCUCGUUCUUUCUUAGCGUUCAUUGCUGUUUUUCAUUUAAGCGAGAGGAAGCUUGGGGCUGUUCUAUUCAGCAAGCUGUAGCUCCUGUAUUUUCCUUCUGGUUCUUGGAAACACACUUCCUAGUAAAGUUAUUAUUAAAAUGUU